AUGCCUAGGAAUUCUAUCGGUCUUGAAUCCUACUGUUACAGUGACACUGAAGCAUCUAAUGACGUUUCUGCUACAACGACAACAAGCGCUACUAACAUUGUAGACACCAGUUUGGUUAGUGCCUCCGCUUUAAACUUAGAGAAAACUACCCUAACUAAAGACAAUGUGAAUCCUGCAUCUAAUCAUCUCUUAGAUCCAACUGAAGUUGCGCCAAUUACAAAUGUUCAUUAUACUACUAUCAAUGAUUCUCUUACCCAACUGGUCAUAACUGAAAAUGUUGUCUUAUCUGAAAAUGCUCCUCUAUCUGCUGAAGACCCUGCUCUAAUUGAAACUGCAUCUUUAAAUGAUGGAAAUGCUCCUACGACUCUACAUGUCUUUCCUGUUGUCCCUAUGGUAACUCAAUCUAACUCUUACUCUGUUUUGGAACCUUACAAUGAUUUAUCAGAUAAUUCUGAUAUGUUAUUGGGGAACGAAGAAGUAGUUGAGGGUGCUAGUUUACUACAAUGGAGACUCUCAUCUGGAAACUUUGCAGGAUGA